GCAGCAUGGCGGGGCUGCAGGCCAGGUGGGGCUCGGGGCUCAGGCUGCUGGCGCUGUCCACCCUGGGCCUCUGCCUAAUGCUGGAAGUCGGCGCCAAGAGGCCCCCCAAGACGCCUCCCUGCCCCCCGAGUUGCUCCUGCACUAGGGACACCGCCUUCUGCGUGGACUCCAAGGCAGUGCCCAGGAACCUGCCCUCCGAGGUCAUCUCUCUGACGCUGGUGAAUGCUGCCUUCUCAGAGAUCCAGGAUGGAGCGUUUUCCCACCUGCCACUGCUGCAGUUCCUGUUACUCAAUUCCAACAAGUUUACACUGAUUGGAGACAAUGCUUUCACAGGACUCUCACACCUGCAGUACCUCUUCAUUGAGAACAACGACAUCUGGGCAUUAUCCAAGUUUACCUUCCGAGGACUCAAGUCUUUGACGCACCUGUCACUGGCCAACAAUAACCUGCAGACACUGCCUAGAGACAUCUUUCGGCCCCUGGACAUCCUGAGUGACUUGGACCUGCGGGGCAACUCGCUCAACUGUGACUGCAAGGUGAAGUGGCUGGUGGAGUGGCUGGCGCACACCAACACCACGGUGGCGCCCAUCUACUGCGCCAGCCCGCCCCGCUUCCAGGAGCACAAGGUGCAGGAUCUCCCGCUGCGAGAGUUCGACUGCAUCACCACGGAUUUCGUGUUGUACCAGACACUGUCCUUCCCAGCAGUGUCAGCCGAGCCCUUCCUCUACUCCAGCGACCUCUACUUGGCUCUGGCCCAGCCGGGAGCCAGCGCCUGCUCCAUCCUCAAGUGGGACUACGUUGAAAGGCAGCUUCGAGACUAUGAUAGAAUCCCAGCCCCUUCUGCAGUGCACUGCAAGCCGAUGGUGGUGGACAGCCAGCUGUACGUGGUGGUGGCCCAGCUGUUUGGGGGCUCUUACAUUUACCACUGGGACCCCAACACCACGCGCUUCACCAAGCUGCAGGACAUUGACCCUCAGCGUGUGCGCAAGCCCAAUGACCUGGAGGCCUUCCGCAUCGACGGUGACUGGUACUUUGCUGUGGCUGACAGCUCCAAGGCGGGAGCCACCAGCCUCUACCGCUGGCAUCAGAACGGCUUCUACUCCCACCAGGCCCUGCACCCCUGGCACCGGGAUACCGACCUGGAAUUCGUGGAUGGCGAGGGAAAGCCACGCCUGAUCGUGUCCAGCAGUUCGCAGGCUCCCGUCAUCUAUCAGUGGAGCCGCACCCAGAAACAGUUUGUGGCUCAGGGCGAGGUGACCCAGGUGCCCGAUGCCCAGGCAGUGAAACACUUCCGUGCGGGCCGCGAUAGCUACCUAUGCCUCAGCCGUUACAUCGGUGACUCCAAGAUCCUGCGCUGGGAGGGCGCCCGCUUCUCCGAGGUGCAGGCCCUGCCCUCCCGGGGCUCGCUGGCCCUGCAGCCCUUCCUGGUGGGUGGCCGCCGCUACCUGGCGCUGGGCAGCGACUUCUCCUUCACACAGAUCUACCAGUGGGAUGACGGGCGGCAGAAGUUUGUGCGGUUCCAAGAGCUGGCCGUGCAGGCCCCCCGGGCUUUCUGCUACAUGCCGGCUGGGGAUGCCCAGCUGCUCCUGGCGCCCAGCUUCAAGGGACAGACGCUGGUGUACCGACACGUGGUGGUGGACCUCAGUGCCUAGGGGGGUGCGGGGGCCUCGGGGUUCCUCGGGCCACGCCGGAGGCUAGGUGGGAGCUUCCAGGUGAGCCACAUAUGUGCUUGUGGGAAGACACACAUAGCCCAUCCACACACGCGCUCUCACGUGUACACACCCCAGUGAGCAUGGGCCGCACCAUGGACUGUAGCCCAGGGAGGCCCCUUGGUCUUCACUGGAAUCAGCACGAAGACUUGUGUACGCACCUGGCAACCCAGCGCCCAGUGCCCUCCCGCGUGGAUGCCUAUGCACCCCGCCCGCGGCCACCCUUGCUCUGCUGCCUGCCACGUGCUCUGGCCUGGCCUGGGGAGGGGUCCUGGGAGGGAGGGAGAGCGGCCAAACUUCUCCCUCCUGUUCUUCGGCGUAUCCUUCUGACCCUCUGGUCUUUUCCUGUUGGUGCUCGGGGUGUCUGUUUACCUGCUCGUGCUCCGCAUUGCAGCCUGUGGCCACAUCCUCCUUACUGCCGGCUGCACUCUCCCACGCCACGCGCCCUCCGCGGGCACAUGUGUGCGUGGACACACUCCUUCAGUGACACGCACGCACACCUGCCCACACGCCCGUCUCCGUGUGCACAGGCACAGCUUCAGUGCAGCCUGAAGGGCGUCUCCUCCGUGACCUUGCCUCUCUUCCUGCAGGGGCACACGGUACCCGGCCUCCUCCACUCACCCCCUGGUGUGCCCACCCCAUGGCUGAUAAUGAUGGGAAUGGUGGUACCAGCCUCUGGGUACCAGCCGGACUUCCUGGGGGGCAAAGCCUCUCUGCCCGAAGCAAUAACGACAGCCGACCCUGACUUCUUCCCAGCGCUCUCUGUUCUCACUGGACUUUCCUUCUCUCACCCUGAGUCUGCUUCCCUGGGGGACAGGAGACCACCCAGGUAAAGGCCUUCUGCUUUUCCUUCCCGUAGCUGCGCCUGCCUCUGACCGCCCUCUGGUUCAGUCCUACCUCGGGGACAUGGGCCUUGUGUUGUGUGGGCUCUUCUGGGUGUGUCCACGGACCGGCCAAGCACCUGAGGUAUCUGGGCAGGUGCCAGGAGUGGAGAACACCCUGGGGCCCUGGCACCCCUCUGAACCACAGAGACCCUCCCCGGAGUGGAGAGUGAGGAAGCGGCCCCUGACAACCAAGCUUCUGCCGCCCUCUGCUGUGCAUGGGAAUAGAAGGCUCUGAGACGUGAGACGCAGAGCUGGCGGGGGAGGCGCUUCCCAGUGCCCAGAUGGCGUGAGGGCCCCCAGGUAGCAAGAUGCCCAGAGGCACUUGGAGGCAAUGAUCUGAUUCACUUGCUUCAAAUAAAAAUCCCACCCCCUGACAGCUCUCAGGUAUCCAAUGGCGAUGAUCUGCAGCUCCUAUUUCCUUAAGAACAAAGCUGUGUUUUCUGUCCCUGAUGCUUGGAAGGGGCCAGCAUCAGAUGUCAGACCCCCUUCCUCCCUGCUCCCCUCCCUCUAAGGAAGGAGUAAGCAUCCCAAGGUCAGCUGGUGCUGGGGUCAGGAGUUCACGCUGAUGACACUCAGGUGCUGGGCCAGUGUGACUAGUCUCCAUCACCUGGGGCUGACUCAUGGCCAGGUCUUCCUUCCUGGAGAUCAUAGUCUUGGGGCCCACUGAGAUCAGAGUCUGUCCCUCGGUCAGGUCAAGUCCAACCAACAGGGCUAAGGACAAGCUCAGUGGUUGGUCUCUCCAUCCCCCUCUGCUGGACAAGCAUGCAUCACGGCUGUCAUUCUCAGACCCGGUGUGAGAUUUCAAGCAAGUGGACUGAUUUCCGUGAGCUGAGCGUCUCUUUCUGUAAAGUAGAUAAUAAAACCUACUUUGCCCGA